AUGGGUGCUUGGAGGAGAAAUAGGGACACAAACUCUAUGUGGUUAGCAACAACAAACUAUAUAAAGGCAUCUGCGAGAGAGGAAUUAGGGGUCUCAACCGGUGUCUCUAGUGGGCAUAAAGGAGACUGGUGGUGGAAUGAAGUGGUCCAAGGUAAAGUGAAAGCGAAGAAGGCAGCAUACAUGAAGUUAGUGGGGAGCAUAGGUGAGGAGGAGAGACGAGCGUGCAUGGAGAGAUAUAAGGUAUCUAGGAAGAAAGCUAAACUGUCAGUCACGCAGGCUAAGAUUGUGUCUUAUGGUCGUAUGUAUGAGGAACUAGGGAAAAAGGCCGAGGAGAAGAAGUUAUUCCGGGAUCGACAUAUUGUGCUGGGCGAAUUGGAGCAUUCCGAGAGUCACCGUGACUUCGGGCACUACAGGCGUAUCAAGGUUGAGGAGGUUGUGUGGGCUAUGCGUAAGAUGAGUAGGGGUAGAGCAACCGGGCCAGAUGAGAUUCCGGUGGAAUUUUGGAAGUGUGUAGGGAGAGCAGGUUUGAAGUGGUUGACUGGGUUGUUUAAUGUUAUUUUUAAGGCGAAGUGGAUGUUGGAUGAGUGGAGGUGGAGUACGAUGGUUCCAUUGUAUAAGAACAAUGGUGAUAUCCAAAGUUGUAACAAUUAUAGGGGCAUCAAAUUACUGAGUCAUGCCAUGAAAGUAUGGGAGAGGGUCGUUGAAGCGAGGGUGAAUAUGACAGUGUUUGUAUCCGACAACAAGUUCGGGUUUAUGCCGGGUCGUUCUACCACAGAAGCUAUACACCUUGUUAGGAGUAACAAGGGUACUUUUGGUUUAGGCUUCAGGCCAACACAAGCAGAUGAAGACAAAGCCAAUCACUACAAAAAGCAUGGGUGGGUCUUGCAACAACCUAUCCCUCAUAUUUUCUACACUUUUGACAAGAAACGACUCCAAGAGGGUAAAUAUUCCUCGGCACAGGCAAAAAUUGAUGAAAUUUGCAAUGGCCUCGGCCAGAUAUUUUCUGAAGUGAAUAUGAUUCAGGUUGGCGAAGGCACUAGUUGUGUCAAUAUGCAACUAAUUUUCCCAAACAUCAUGCUCAACAACUGGGAAGCAGCUCCUCUCCCCACAAGGAAGGAAUCUUAG